CCACUCCUGGUGGUUGUAAAUGAAAAGCUGAUGAACAAUCAUCAGCUAGAAUUAGCCAGGCAACUCUACAAAUAUGGACACCUCUUCUAUUGCACGUGUAGCACCCUUUUGGAGUCAUUGAAGUCAAUUGAUUUGUCAAGACUGAAACCCUUUCCUCCUGGAAAGCCGGAAGAGUUUGCUGCAUUCUUGGAUAGCGUUAUUGGAUUUGAAUAA